CUUGAAUGCUGAAGAAUGUUUACUGCUCUGUUGAAUGUAGGUGGGCUCCAUGACAAAAAUCAAUCCUCCUAUAAAUCACCCGUUCUGGUUAUGAUGCUCUGAGUUACAAUAAGUCUGAACCUUUGCUGUCUAUGGAUCUGCUCUGAACCUAUAGCCUGCUUAUGGGGGAAGGUGACACCUCCUGGGCCCCAUCUGUCCUUCCUCACGGCACCCUCAGCGCCUUAAGUCACCACCCCCAGCCAUAUUUUGGCAGAAGGAUGGAGUCCAAGGUUUCUGAAGGUGGCCUGAACGUGACCCUGACCAUCCGCCUGCUGAUGCAUGGAAAGGAAGUUGGAAGCAUCAUCGGGAAGAAAGGAGAAACUGUGAAGAAGAUGCGUGAAGAGAGUGGUGCGAGGAUCAACAUCUCAGAGGGAAACUGUCCAGAGAGGAUUGUGACCAUCACAGGCCCAACAGACGCCAUCUUCAAGGCCUUUGCCAUGAUCGCAUAUAAGUUUGAGGAGGACAUCAUCAACUCCAUGAGCAACAGCCCUGCCACCAGCAAGCCCCCUGUGACGCUGAGGCUGGUGGUACCUGCCAGCCAGUGUGGGUCUCUGAUCGGCAAAGGCGGCUCCAAGAUCAAGGAGAUCAGGGAGUCUACAGGUGCCCAGGUCCAGGUGGCUGGGGACAUGCUGCCCAACUCCACAGAGCGGGCGGUGACCAUCUCAGGGACCCCAGAUGCCAUCAUCCAGUGUGUCAAGCAGAUCUGUGUGGUCAUGCUGGAGUCCCCACCGAAAGGUGCCACCAUUCCCUACCGCCCAAAGCCCGCCUCCACCCCUGUCAUUUUUGCAGGUGGUCAGGCCUACACGAUCCAGGGACAGUACGCCAUCCCCCACCCGGAU